GGGAAUGCUGGACAUCACACAACCUGGGAGUCUGCAGGAAAGAUUGAGCUCUCGGAUCUCAUUACCGUCACUUCUUUUGUUUGGAAUAUACAGAUGUCAGAAGCAGAGACAGAUAAAGGGAAAAUUAGAUCAACACAGAGCUUUGAAAAUGACCAGCAAAAUACUUCUGUAUUGUUGAAGGAAGGAUUUACCAACCCUAUCUUACAGCCUCUUGGAGACUCAAACAGCUGUACCAGCUCCCUUCCUCUGCAAGUUCUCCCUAUUGUAAUUCUGAACACAGCAGAUCAUUCAGAAAACCAGCUAGCAAUUCAGGAAGAAAAACCUAUGAAAAGCCUUGUUCUGAGCUCAGUAUCAGAAUUCAGCGUCACAGAUGUGCCAUCCAAGGAUAUCAAAAAUGAGAGAAAACUGUCAGAAUCUAGUACAUCUACAUUAUCAUCCCUUAAGAAAUGUAGAACACAGUUCGGCUACCUUGAAGAGGAUGCAUCAGUCCAUGAGCAGGACAGUAACGAUGAAUGUGCCACACUCAUCCUGGCCUGCUUGUUCUGCCAGUUUUGGGACUUUCUGUUCAUGUUGCCCGAUGUCUGUGAAAAUUGGCUGACCAAUGUGUGCUGCCCUUCCCAUAGAUAUCACCAAACCUCAAGUGAUGAGCACAACAAUGGGGACUGCAACUGUGAUUGUGACAUUGACUGCAGCAUCCUUGAAUCUUGUCAUGAAACCAGCGAGUGUCUAGAACUGGCUUUGGAGAUCUCUCAAGUCUGUUAUCACUAAUGUAAAACAGUUGGCCGGAUCCCCAUG